UUAAUUCGAGCGAUUUCGUUUCUGCGUUCUGUUUCUCCGGCGACUCGCGGCCUUGAUCGGAAAACAAUGCUCUUUCUCUGUACAUUCACAACCAAACUCUUCGCCUGCUGACUGCUUACGAUGGACGUAAUUGUCUCCUCCGCCGUCGAAGAAAUUUGCUCACAGGGUCAGAACGGACUCACUCUCCGCAAUCUAUGGUCCAGGCUCGAACCCUCUCUCUCAGCUUCCGGCCUCGACCUCUCCAAUGGUGUAAAGACUGCUCUCUGGACCCAACUCCUUAGCAUCCCAUCCUUGCAAUUCGAUGCUGGCAAGGUGAACUAUGAUGCAAAGGACCCAUCUAUCCAGUCUUUCGAAAACGCUGAAAGGUUGAAUGUGAAGGUUAUGGGCAAAGAGUAUUUGAGGGAUAACUUUGUAGGGCUCUACAAUGUGCGAUCAGCCAGUUCCAACAUGUCCGCCCAUCAGAGACGUGUCCUUGAGCGGCUCGCUAUUGCUAGAAAAAAUGGAGUGACGCAAAACCAACUUGCUAAAGAAUUUGGGAUUGAAGGAAGAAACUUCUUUUAUGUAGUGAAAAGCCUUGAGUGUCAAGGGUUAAUUACGAGGCAAUCUGCAGUUGUCCGAACUAAAGAAGCUGUAAAUACUGGGGAGUUGAGAAAUAGCCCAAUUGUGAGUACCAAUUUGAUGUACUUGCACCGAUAUGCAAAGCAUUUGGGCUGUCAACAGAAAUUUUGGAUUACUGUGGAAGAAAAUAAUAUUGAGCAGCUUGGAGACCCAGUAGAAAGUGCCGCUGAUGAAGAUGGUAUGCCUGUAAAGUGCAUCAAGGAAGACGUGUUUGUGAAGGAUUAUUUACCAAAAAUGGAAGCUAUAUGUGAUAAACUUGAAGCAGCCAAUGGAAAGGUUCUUGUUGUUUCUGAUAUUAAGAAGGAUCUUGGUUAUACUGGAUCUUCUUCAGGGCAUAAAGCUUGGAGAGAGGUCUGUAAUAGAUUGGAAAGGGCUCACAUUAUUGAGGUGUUUGAGGCUAAAGUGGACAAUAAGUUUGAUUGUUGUCUACGUCUGCUAAAGAAGUUCUCUCCAAAGUGUUUUGAGACAAGUGCUCUUGGGGGAGAUGAUAGUUCUGGUUAUAAACAUCAUAUGAAAUUUGGGAGGAAAUGUCAAGUAACUGAUCAACUCGCUGAGCUUGCUAUAGAGCAUCAAAUCUAUGAUAUGAUUGAUGCUGCUGGCUUUGAGGGCAUAACAGUGAUGGAGGUUUGUAAGAGGCUUGGAAUUGAUCACAAAAGAAACUAUGGCCGACUUGUCAAUAUGUUUACUAGAUUUGGAAUGCAUCUUCAAGCUGAAACUCACAACAAAUGCAAUCUUUAUCGAGUGUGGACACGUGGGAAUUUCAAGCCUGAAUAUAAUAGUCAAUUUUUUCAUAAAUCAAAAGAUGCAAAUAAUGAAAUUGAAAAUUGUAUUAAUCAUACUUCCAGUGUAAAUGAUUCUAAGAAGUUAGCUGUAACAACUUCUCAAAGUAGCUUUGCAAAGGCUGAAGAUGCAAAUUUGAAAGUUGACAGUGCAAGUCGCAGAACAACAGGGGAUGGAAAAAUGAAAACUGAAGUUAAUGAUAAGCUGCAUGGCGAUCAUGAGACUGACCUCAGAGUUAUCCAUUUGCCACAAGAGUCAGUUUCUAUGCCAACAUGCUCCAAUCCUGAUGUAGAACCCUGUUCAGUGAAUGCAGGCGUUGAAACAAACUCUGGAUUAAUAACACCUCCAGCGGCUCUGUUAAAAUCAUCAGUUUCUGUAUCACAUCAGAAGUAUCCGUGUUUACCUCUUACUGUGGGUAGUGCUAGGAGGGAGCAAAGAAUUCUUGAACGGCUACAGGAUGAGAAGUUUGUUUUGAAAGGCGAGCUUUUUAGGUGGAUUGUUGAUCAGGAGACAGACAAAACCACAACAACAGAUAGAAGAACUAUUUUCCGAAGUAUAAACAAAUUGCAAAGUGAAGGACACUGUAAAUGCAUAGACAUCAAUGUCCCUGUUGUCACAAAUUGUGGCCGUACUCGUAUCACCCAGGUGAUUCUGCAUCCUUCUAUUGAGACUUUAUCUCCUCAACUUCUAUGUGAAAUUCAUGAUAAAAUGAGGUCAUUUGAAGCCCAAAGUCGUGGUCAUAACUCAAAAAAGGCGAAGAGGAAAGUGUUGCUUCCUGUAUUAGAAGGUGUCCAAAGGACACAGCACUAUAUGGAUCCUGACAUUGCUGCAGUACGAUCAGAAGCCAUGCGUGCAAAUGGAUUUGUACUGGCAAAAAUGAUCCGUGCAAAGCUGCUUCAUUGUUUUUUGUGGGAUUACCUAAACUGUUCGGAUGAUUCUGGUGGUACUUCCUCAUCUGAAAGAUUUGUCCAUGAUCUGAAAAAUCCUCAUACUAGCUACAAGCCAUUUUUAUUAGAAGACGCAAUUAAGUCGAUCCCAAUUGAGCUUUUCCUUCAAGUUGUUGGGUCUACUAAAAAAUUUGAUGAUAUGUUGGAUAAAUGUAAGAGGGGUUUGUCACUUGCUGACCUUGCUCCUGAGGAGUACAAGCAUCUGAUGGAUGCUAAUGGUACUGGAAGGCUCUCGGUGAUUAUUGAUAUUUUACGGCGUUUGAAGUUAGUUAGGUUCGUAGCUGCAAAUACAGGCAAUGUCAAUGAUUGUGGCCGUGCCACUUUAAAACAUGCACUGGAGCUUAAACCUUACAUCGAGGAACCUGUUUCAAAAGAUGCUACUAGAUCUUUGAUGAAUAAGUGUCUAGAUCUUCGGCCAAGAAUUAGGCAUGACUUUACGCUGUCAAGUAGGCAAGCUGUCAAUGAGUAUUGGCAAACUUUUGAGUAUUGCUAUGCCACGGCUGAUCCUAGAUCUGCUCUGCUUGCAUUUCCUGGGUCUGCUGUUCGCGAGGCAUUUCUUUUCCGUUCAUGGGCUUCAGUUCGGGUUAUGACAGCCGAACAGCGUGCUGCACUCCUGGAGCUUGUGGCAAGGAGGGAUCCAAGUGCAAAACUUUCAUAUAGAGAGUGUGACAAAAUAGCUAAGGAUCUUAAUCUGACAUUAGAACAGGUUCUACGUGUGUAUUAUGAUAGGCGCCAGGAACGUCUUAACAGCUUUGAUGAAGGGACAGACAAGGAGUCUAGACAAAAAAUUAAAGGCCAUUCAUUGAGGAGAAAAAGAUUACCAAAAGAGAGGCCAGGGAAGCGUGCACGGUAUGAUGAUGUCAGCAAGCAGUCGGGUGAAGCAAGGGUCACCACGUUUCCUGAAACUUCUAUUUCAUCUGAUGUUAAAGACAAACAUUUGGCUGCUAAUUCAGGAGAGCAGAACAUUCCUUCGCAAGAAAUUUUUGAGGAUGGCGAUCAUCAAGAAACUGUAGAGGAAUUUGUGUCUAAAGAAGAAGGCGAGGCACGCUGUUCUGUUGCCUCUUCAAUGACAAAGUCAACUCGUCAAAGAAGGUUUAUAUGGACUGAUGAAACAGAUAGGCAAUUGAUCAUCCAAUAUGUCAGAUACCGUGCAUCUCGAGGUGCAAAAUUUUCUCGAACAAAUUGGUGUACUAUCUCUAACUUGCCAGCACCUCCAGGAACUUGUAAAAAAAGAAUGGCAUGGCUGAAUGGCAGUCUAAGAUUUAGAAAACUUGUAAUGCGGCUUUGUAACAUUCUUGGCAAUCAUUACGUGAAGUACCUGGAAAAAUCAAAGAAUGCAUCGGUUCAUCAAGAUGACCCCAAAGUGAUCGCAACAAGUUCUAAUGGGAAAGCUCUUAACGGGAAUAGUGGUGACAGUGAACAUUACAGUGAGUUGGAUCUGCAGGAAGAGCAAUGGGAUGAUUUUGAUGAUAAAGAUGUAAAGAUGGCCCUUGAUGAGGUUCUUCAUUACAAGAAAAUGACAAUGUUGGAGGACUCAAAAAGAGUUGGAUCUGUCUAUGGUGACUUUUUGGAUGCAAAUGAAUCUGGAUUUACGUCUGCCACUCAGAGUGCAGACCUGGGAGGAGAGCAAUCUCAAUUUUCUAGGGGAAGAUCAAAGUCAAGAAGCCUUCAUCGGCGGUUGAUGAAGAUUUUGAAUGGCAGGCAUGUCAGCAAAGAAGUAUUUGAAUCAUUGGCUGUUUCUAAUGCUGUUGAGCUAUUUAAGCUUGUUUUCUUGAGCACCUCAACUGCUCUAGAAGUACCUAAUCUCCUUGCUGAAAAUUUAAGGCGUUACUCAGAACAUGAUCUUUUUUCAGCUUUUAGCCACCUGAGAGAAAAGAAAAUCAUGAUUGGAGGCAACAAUAAUGAACCUUUUGUGCUCUCACAAAGUUUUCUGCAUAGCAUUUCAAAGUCCCCAUUUCCAGCGAACACUGGAGAGAGAGCUUCCAAGUUUUCUAAGUUUCUGCAUGAAAAAGACAAAGAUCUCGUGGAGAAUGGGAUUAAUAUUCCUUCUGAUUUACAAUGCGGAGAUAUUUUCCAUUUGUUUGCUCUAGUUUCUUCGGGAGAGAUGUCUAUUUCUUCUUGCUUGCCCGACAAUGGCGUUGGAGAACCCGAAGACUUGAGAAGUUCAAAACGAAAAGUUGAUAGCUGUGAACUGUGGGUGGACACUCGGGCUAAGAAGAUGAAAUUUGCACCAGCAGAGGGUGAAAUUAUUUGUCGUCGAGAAAAAGGUUUUCCUGGGAUUUUGGUUUCUGUUUGUCGUACUACAAUUUUAAGAACAGAUGCUAUGGAGCUGUCAGAUAGUUGGAAUUGUAUUGAUGACCAACAUUUUGGUGGGAAUGAUAGAUGCCACGUUUCACCUACUCACAACAGUAUUUCAUUUGACAAUGUGGAAUCACUAUACGAUACAGAUGGGGUUGUAUCUCUAGGAAAUCGCUGUGAGUCAACUUGGCAAGCUAUGACAUCUUUUGCUGAUCAUUUGAUGUCGGUAGGUUGUUAUCAAGAACAAAUGAGUGUCAUCUCUCCAGAGGUCUUUGGGUUGGUUUAUUCUGCAAUUCAGUUGGCUGGUGACCAGGGUUUAAGCAUAGAGGAAGUUUCCCAGGUGGCUAAUUUACAAGGAGAAAAGCUGCCUCAACUUAUCGUUGAUGUUCUUCAAACAUUCCAACGAGUGCUGAAGGUGAAUUCAUUUGACAGUAUUCGAAUUGUUGAUGCUUUAUAUCGUCCCAAGUACUUUUUGACAUCGAUAUCUGGUUCGAAUCGAAACCGUGCUACUCCUUCAUCAGUCGAUAUGCUUGGAAGAAGUGAUGGCCAAUUGGUUUUCCAUCCAGAAAACUACAACAUUGGGGAGAAGAAUCCAGAUAAUCACAUGUCUGUUGCUGCAAAUUCCCAGAUGGAAAAUAAAAUGGUUGUUGGUGAGGUGCACAAAGUAACGGUUCUCAAUCUUCCUCCAGAAGUUGAUGACAACACAAAGGAAAGUCAAACUAGCAGUAUGCAUCAACGCAAUCCCAAGGAGAAAACCAUUUUAAACACAGCAGGGAAUGAGAACGGAUUGUUUUGCGCCUCUUCUGAUGGUUUGAAUAUGCCAAUACUCCCAUGGAUAAAUGGAGAUGGGACGACUAACAAAAUUGUCUACAAGGGUCUUAGAAGGCGGAUCUUAGGAAUUGUAAUGCAAAACCCAGGAAUUCUGGAGGUUGCGAUUAUACGACGGAUGAACGUCUUGAAUCCCCAGAGUUGUAAGAGGCUGUUAGAGUUGAUGAUAUUAGAUAAGCACCUCAUAGCGAGGAAGAUGUAUCAACGUACAUUCAGUGGCCCCCCUGGUAUUCUAGGAACGCUCCUCGGCACGAGCCACAGAGACUCGAAGUUUGUUUGCCGUGAUCACUACUUUGCAAAUCCCAUGAGUACCUCGCUGCUGUAGGUAGCCAUCCCCCCCCAUGCUCAUUGCGCAGGGUUAUCUAUUGAAACUCUGAUGAAAAGAGCACGACGAGACUAGCACUCACGUUGCUGGAAGCUCUGUGGGAUAGGCAUUUACCCAUUUUCGGCUGCUUGGAAUCAGGUGGCAUUCGUCACUCGGCUUUGCUUGUUUUUUGAUUUUAACAUGUUGGUGGUGAUCUCUGCCCUCAUUUGUUUUUGGCCGGGGUCCAUUCUCUCAUCCUCAUUUCCGUGGCUUUGUUCGAGUCUACCCCGAGCCCCCACCCUAUAGGAUAUAUACUCACCUCUUGUAACCAUGAGUUAGGAAUAUGCUAACAGAGAUAUGUUGGGAAUAUUUAGUGGUAUAUUUGUAAUUAUUUGAGAAGUUUUCUAGGGUUAAAGUAGCUACGAAUAGACUGAGUUGGGGAUUUGGGGAAGGUAGAAUUUGGAGAAAA